UGGAGUAGUUGGGCCGGGAGGCUAGAGUGGGGGGGGAUCGUAGGGACACUAGCGCGGAGUAGGGGCGGAGGAGGCACUAGCUCCGGGGUUAAGAAGAGGAAAUGGAAUGGGGGAAGGUUGGAGGCGGAGAGAAAUAAAGAGGGAGACGGGCGGAGGGGAGGGGGCCUAGGAUCCAGUGGCGGCCCUGGGGGAGCGGUCUAGCGCAUGGGAACAAGAAGUAGGUGUGCAGGCCCUGAAGAAGCAGUCACGAAUUGGAGGGGAAUUUCUUAACCAAGAGUUAAGAAAGAAGCCUGGAGCUUGUGGCCGAGGCCCGACUGUACCCGGCCGGUAGGAGAGAGGUCUUUCCCGUGGAGGAGGAUAGUGGGGAAGGGGAGAAGAGAGACCUGGAGGAUGUUGGGCAGGUUUGGUAAGGAGGGAACUAAACCCAGUCAGAUGACCCUUCUCCAGACUUAGAUCAGCCUUUCCAGAGUUCCUAUAGCAUCUGCCCCAAUUUCAGCUGAAGACUCAGGGGCCCCAGGGACCGGAAGAAAUCACAGUGCCUCCUUGGAAAGAAGAAGAGGUAGCGACUUGCCCCAGCUCAACCCCAGAGCGGGAGCUGUUGGCUAGAGGAAGUGGAGGGGCCGUGGGAUGCAGAGAGCCGAGGGCUAACUCUGGGACAGCGGAACAGAGAGAGCUGCCGACGAUCAGACGCAGGUUGAGGAGCCCUCACCUCCCAGGAUGACCAGCGCAGCCCCUGCUAAGAAACCGUACCGUAAGGCCCCACCUGAGCAUCGGGAGUUGCGGCUGGAGGUUCCUGGAUCCCGGCUGGAGCAGGAGGAGCCCCUGACCGAUGCAGAGAGGAUGAAGCUGUUGCAGCAGGAGAACGAGGAGCUCCGCCGGCGCCUGGCCUCAGCCACCAGGCGCACCGAGGCCCUGGAGCGCGAGCUGGAGAUCGGGCAGGACUGCUUGGAGCUGGAGCUGGGCCAGAGCCGCGAGGAGCUGGACAAAUUUAAGGACAAGUUCCGCAGGCUUCAGAACAGCUACACGGCUUCCCAGAGGACCAACCAGGAGCUGGAGGACAAGCUGCACACACUGGCCUCUCUUAGCCACAGCUGGAUCUUUGCAAUCAAGAAAGCGGAGAUGGACAGGAAGACGCUGGACUGGGAGAUCGUGGAGCUGACCAACAAGCUGCUGGACGCCAAGAACACCAUCAACAAGCUGGAGGAGCUCAAUGAGCGGUACCGGCUGGACUGCAACCUGGCUGUGCAGCUCCUCAAGUGCAACAAGUCCCACUUCCGCAACCACAAGUUCGCCGAUCUGCCCUGUGAGCUACAGGACAUGGUUCGGAAACAUCUGCACAGUGGUCAAGAGGCUGCCAGCCCGGGCCCCGCCCCUAGCCUGAUGCCAGGGGCUGUGGUACCCACCUCGGUCAUUGCCCGGGUGUUAGAGAAGCCAGAGUCUCUACUGCUCAACUCAGCCCAGUCAGGCAGUGCCGGGCGCCCCUUGGCCGAGGAUGUCUUUGUGCACGUGGACAUGAGUGGGGGGGGCCCGGGUGACCCAGCCAGUCCCCCAGCCCCUGGCAGCCCCACCUCACAACCCAAUGGGGAAUGCCGCUCCCUGGGCACUGCUGGGGGCUCCCCAGAGGAGGAGUUGCCCCUGCCAGCCUUUGAGAAGCUGAGCCCCUACCCCACCCCAUCUCCACCACACCCGCUGUAUCCUGGCCGCAAGGUAAUCGAGUUCUCUGAGGAUAAGGUGCGAAUCCCCCGCAACAGCCCCCUGCCCAACUGCACUUACGCCACCCGCCAGGCCAUUUCCCUGAGCCUGGUGGAGGAGGGCGGUGAGCGGGCCCGCCCCAGCCCAGUGCCCAGCAGCCCUGCCUCAGCCCAGACCUCCCCCCGCCACGAGCCCAGCCCUGUCCCCCCAGCACUCAGUGCCCCGGCCAGCUCUGCCAGCUCUGAGGAGGACCUGCUAGCCAGCUGGCAGCGGGCAUUUGUGGACCGCACUCCACCCCCAGCCGCCGUGGCCCAGCGCACAGCCUUUGGACGUGAUGCCCUCCCUGACCUGCAGCGCCACUUUGCUCUUAGCCCCGCUGACAGAGAUGAGGAGGUUCUGGCGCCUUCUUCCCCACCUGGUGAGAGUGGGCUUUUGCUGCCAACAGAAGCUGAUUCUGGCCUUCCCAGGGAGGAGGAAGAAGAGCUGAACCUGCCCAUCAGCCCUGAGGAAGAACGCCAGAGUCUGCUGCCCGGUGAUAAUGGCACAGAUCAGGGGCCUGUCACUUCCCACACUGACGGCAGGGCCUGGGCACUCCCCAGCUCCAGCCGUCCCCAGCGCAGCCCCAAGAGGAUGGGGGUGCACCACCUUCACCGCAAGGACAGCCUGACCCAGGCCCAAGAGCAGGGCAACCUGCUCAACUAGGCCCCCCCACCCCACCGUCGCCCUCCUGCCCCUGCUGCUCUGCUCCCUGUGCAGUGGUGUCAGGUGGGCCACGCCAGGCCUUGUAGCUGCGCUGCCUGUGUCUGGCACCAGCUUGUCUCAUGGCUUUUCCCUUUUCUUGGAAUAUUUAUUCCCCAAGGGUAACAUGCAGCUGGGGCUCAAGACCUUUCUUCCGGUUGGCCCAAGUUGGGCUGUUCUGGACUGCGGAGGGGUCUAUCGUAUCAGUGUUCAUCUUCCAUCCCCCUUUCAUACCCGCAAGUUUUAUUUUUUGUGGUUCCCCCCUCCCCCCCCCGGGGUCGGGAGGGGGACGUCGUCGGGGACGAUUAACCUCUAAUUUCUAUUUUCUGCCUGUUUUCCUCUCCCCUCAAGUCCUCUGCACGAGCUGUUGCCUUCAAGGGGCCCUUGGGGGAUGAGGGAGAGGACUCACUCAGGGCUCGCCUCAGCUGUGUCCAUCCUCCCUCUGGAAGGGAGGAGAGGGAGGGAUUCAGGGGCCUCAAGCUGGGCUCUAGGUGAGGCCUGGCCCCCUCCCGACCUUGGCUCUAGACUGUUACUCCCAGCUUUGGGAAGUUUUCACAUCGAUGACUAUUUUAAAAUUAAAACUAUUUUACUGA